AUGAAGAUCCAACAAAUACAACAAAUAUUUAAGAUUUUUCGAAUUAGAUUUGCUAUGAAAGUUCCCGGAAUCGAAAUUUCAAAUAUAUCUGGUGGCAAUGUAAUUAUUGAUGUUAAUGGUAGUGAUGGUGGAAUUAACAGUAAAAAAAAACUCAAAUCUUCGGAUGAUGAUAUUGAUAUUGAUAUCGCACCAACAAAAUCAUCACCACCAUCAGCUAAUGAUGUGUAUCUGAAGCAGACAAUAUUUUGGAUGUGUGAAGCCCUCAAGACCUCUGGUGUGAAUUUUAUUAAACAAACAAUGAUAGGAAAACUGGGAGACGAAACAAAUUUGCAACUACAAAUAAAACAGCAGCCAGGAGAUGUGGAUUUUGAUGAUAAAUUUAUGAAGCCAGGUUACAAUCAUCCAAUUUUUGAUGAAGGGUUGGAAAAUUACAUAAAAAAAUUUCUUGCUCAAGAUAUUUAUAUGAUUGAGAAAACGAACGAAUUACAAAAGGAAGAGGUGCCAAAGGCCAAGCACGAAGCUCAAAAACAUAAAGAAUAUGAUAUUGUAUCAAAAUCAGUUCUUGAAGUUCUUUCACUUACACCAGAUGAGUAUAGAAAAAGAAAAGUUGCUCUUUUGACCGGUAUUACUGGUCAAGAUGGUUCUUAUCUUACUGAAUUCCUCUUAGACAAAGGUUACAUUGUCCAUGGUAUUAUUCGUCGUUCUUCAUCAUUCAAUACUGGUAGACUUGAACAUUUAUACAAAGAUCAACAUGAACGUCCAAAAAUGGUUCUUCAUUAUGGAGACUUGACAGAUUCAACUAAUCUUGUUCAUAUUGUUUCACAAGUACUUCCAACUGAAAUUUAUAAUCUUGGAGCUCAAUCUCAUGUCAAAGUUUCUUUUGAUAUGGCUGAAUAUACUGGUGAUGUUGAUGCUUUAGGAACUUUACGUUUAUUAGAUGCCAUAAGGACUGUUGGUUUAACAAAUCAUGUUAGGUUUUAUCAGGCAUCCACAUCUGAACUUUAUGGUAAAGUUGUGGAAACUCCACAGUCAGAAACCACACCAUUUUAUCCUCGUUCACCCUAUGGUGUAGCUAAACUUUAUGCCUAUUGGAUUGUUGUCAAUUACCGCGAAGCAUACAAUAUGUUUGCUUGCAAUGGUGUUUUGUUCAAUCACGAAUCUCCACGUAGAGGUCGUACUUUUGUAACUCGUAAAAUUUCUAGAGCCGUAGCUGAAAUUCACUUAAAUAGACAAAGCUGCCUAUAUCUUGGUAACAUUGAUUCUAAGCGUGAUUGGGGUCAUGCAAGAGAUUAUAUUGGUUAG